CGCUUUCGUUAAAAUGGCCCAAUAGAAACGCGCCUGAGUUCCCGCGGCGCCCAAUGGCGGCACGCGUUACAGCGGCUCGCGUGACGGAAGUCUUCGCCCGCAGUCAAGAGCAAAUAUUGUGAUGCUUGGGAUAUUUGUUAGCGCUGCGCGUUCGUUUGAUCGUAUAGUUAAUCGCAUAGCUGUCGCAGUAACACGCCAGGCGAGCGUGCAGUCAGCUUGCGCCGGAAAUCUGUACAUCAGUCUGAGUAUGGCUCUGAAGGCUCGCCGGAAAUGACUUUUACUGGCUUAAAGAAAUCACAUCCGACCUGUGCAUCAUGAGGAUGGAUCGGCGAGUAUUAGUGAUAUAACAGCACACUCUCACCGCCGGAGACGUCGUUUAACCGGGACUGACAGUUGUAAACGGGAACGCAAUAUAGUCCCUUUAAAAGAUGUUGUCCAAUCCUCCGGCAGAGCAGAAAGGUACAGAGCAGGUGCCUGCAUCUGCGGCUGGUCCGUGCCACCGCGCUGCUCUUUCUCCGUAUCAAGAACAGCUGGCCAUAGGAUGCAGAGAAACCAGCAGGGAGGAGGGCGAAUCUGGUGACAGAACACGACCCUCGGAAACUGACAGGGGUUUGAAGGAAGUAAAUCUGGAAAAUGAUGGAGCUCUGAGACCGAUGGCGUUUGAUCCAAAAAGCAGUAACUUUGGAGUCAAUGCUAGUUCGACUUGCACGUCCAUGUGUAAUCAGCAAGAGGCCAAGUUUAGGGAUCAACGAUGGACACCUGCCACCUUCAAUUCUUCUCCUCCAAUUGUACCAUCAGGAGAGCAGCUUGGAGUUCUGGAACGGUUUCUCGUGUCCCAUCAAACUGAGAUGAAGCGUCUGCUGACUGAUACCUUUGGAUCUCUGACCCAUCGUCUUGAGGCAGUGGAGAGGAGGAUGGAUCAGCUGUGUUCACAGAGCAGUGCUCAUACUCGCAGUUUAGCUCAACUGCACAGUAAAGUUGGCCAGCUGGGGAGAGACUUGUCCUUUGGCUGUCCAAAUACUCCAAGUGUUUUAUCAGCUAGCAGUUAUGGAGUGCAUGCAGAAGUGCCAAAGGACUACAAAGGAAUCAUCUCAAAUUUGUCCUCUUCAGCGUGUAGGAAGGACUCUGCGUGUUCUUGGGCAAUGUCAAGUCCUUUCCAGUCCAGCCAAAGUCCUGAUCAUAAGCCCGGGGACCCAAACUGUCAAGAUCUAAGUGAAAAUUGUUGCAGCUCAGGUUCAUCAUAUGGAAUUUUAAAAACUUGCCGUUCAGGACAGAAAGACAAUUGCUUGCAGGGUAACUACUCACCCGUUUCGGAUUUUGAAGACCUGGAGAUGGAACUGGAAGCUGAGAAGGACAGAGUCACGUUAAACGUUUUGGUCGAUUCUGUGCUUAGCAGCUCAGAUGACAAUAGCAGCCGGGGACAUCCUUGUAAGAAAGAAGUACUGUGCUCUGAUAUUGUGGGGAAUAAUAAAACUGGUCAGGAAGGAGAAGACACCUUGAAUAAUCAGUGUUUACAUGUUCCAGAAAACCCUAAGGUGCCUUUCGUUCGGUUUCUUAGAUCUUCAGCUCCUAGUGGUUUAAAGUCAAACACUAAUACAGAUCAUCUUUGUUCAUUCGCAAAAGCAGUGAACUCAAAGCCCUCUGGGACACCAGCGGCAUUGACGGAUUCCUCUAAAGACAAGUGUGAAAAAAGCCAGCAGCGGUUCUGUAGUCAAAUUACCUUCCCUUUCUCCACUAAGCCGCUGGGAGCACAACCCAACCCUGAUAAAUCCAAGGGAUGUUCAGUUCUCUUUCAGACUUCUAAUAAAAAAGGAGAAAUCUUGGACAAAAUUAAAUUGAAUGGACUUUUUCACUCUACUGCUACCUCAUUGAGUAAUAGUACUUCAGUCUUGGAUCACGUCCAUACGUCAAGGGAUGCAGAUGAAUUGACAGGGACAAAUGCUGGAGAUUCUGACGAAAGCACAAAGAUAGGUAAUAAGGGACAAAGUGUUGAAUGUCAGUUCUCAAAUAUAUCAUGCUCAAAGGAUAGCCCUUCUCCAGGGCCAUCAAUCCUGCCAUACUGUGAACUUUCUUUGCCAAACCAAUUGGUAAACAGUGUAGGUGAACAAAAAUCACUAGGUUCGCUUUUGAAAUUUUAUCAAGCACACUCCAGUUCUCAUCUCUUGACCCCAACGGAUAGGUCCUCCAAACCACUUUUAGAAAGCGAUACUAACAAACUGUUGAAUCAGCUCUCAGAUACCGCCUAUCGCUUGGUAUCCAGAAGCUGUUCUUCAGACAAUUCAGAUAGAUGGACUGGUUGCAGCAGAACUGCACCCAAACUCAAACACUGUGGUGGAAAGAAACAUCAUCUUCCUGGAUUUCCUGCUUUUAAAGUUGGAGAAACCCUUUCUUUGUCCUUCUUUGAGCAGGCAGGAGGGAUGUCCAAACAUCAGCAGCCGAUUCCUGAGGACUUGAUACUUCCCCUCUCUCCUCGAUUGACUGCUACACUAACUUGUUCUUCGGAUGCUUUACCUAUCCACGUGGAUAAAGACUCUUCAGGUUGUCCUAGUUUAUCUCAACUUUUUCGCCCCACCAGUCCACCUUUGUCCACUUUUAGCAAAGGGAGCUUCUCUGGGGCAGGUGUUAGUACCGUCCUGGCUUUAUCUUCUCCUGCUUCCUUCAGACUGUGGUUUCGACACAGGCGGAUCAACUUUCCUCUUAUGCAGUUGUCACGUCCUGGCGUCAAUACGGUUGUGAGCCGGAUUUUGGGAAGGAGCAAGAGUCAUCCUUUUCGACCUCUGGUUGACUUCACAGCCCCACCAGGCUUAGACAACGAUCACCACUAUAUACGCCGAUCCAGUCAAGAAGCUACACCCAGCAGGAAAAGAGCUUCAGCACGGAAAGCCACCUCAUCCCUACCAGUGUGUCAUCUGUCAAAAAAUCGCCUCACACCAGAAAGGAGCUCAGAUCACCCCUCUCGUCACAGCAUCGGCCCCAAAUCCUUGAGAUUGGAUGGAUCCCCCACUGAAUCUGUGCCUAGUUUUGCUAUCGCCAGUGCAAAUGUCAAAUACCCUGGUUUGCAUAAUCGGGGCUCAUCUACAGAAAUGAACCAGGAGGAACUCUACGACACUAACAGUGAAGCUCAAGGUCAGCGUUCUAAAAGGGUCUCUCAGAUUCGUAUUCGUAAGACCGUUCCCAAACCAGAUAACAACCUUACUCCAAUGGGACUCCCCAAACCAAAGAGGCUCAAGAAAAAGGAAUUCAGUUUAGAAGAGAUUUAUACCAACAAGAAUUACAAGUCUCCAACCCCUAACAGAAGCCUGGAGACGAUAUUCGAAGAACCGAAAGAGAAGAACGGCUCGUUGGUGUGCAUCGGCCAUCAGAAACGAAAGCGAGUUCUGGACUUCCCGGAUUUCACGCUGCCUCGUAAACGCAAGGCUAAAACUAACCUUGGUCCGCUGCGCGUGAAGGGGCCACGAGGAAGGGCUCGUAGGGGAAGACAGGACGACGUCGACCUGGAUGUAUUGCUCAUCGAGAAGCUCACAGAACUGGAAGACUACUUUUCUCGCCAAGGCCUGGAGGUUUAAGCUGUUUUUCACUAAUUUCUUUAGUGCUUGUGAACAAUUGAUGGGUUACCAAAAAUCUGGGUUUUAAUCUUUUUGCCUAAUAAUGGAAAGAAUUUGCGCUUCACAUGCUGUUGUUUACAGAACGUUUAGCAAUAGAGUGAAAAAACAUUUUCUUGUAGCAUUUACGGUUGAGACUUAAAGCGCAUGAAGCGGACAGACGCAAAAGACAUUGUGUGUGUGUGUGUGUGUGUGUGUGUGUGCGCUAAAUAAUAUAAGCACAUUAUAGUAAACCUUCACCUGAGCACUUUCUGAUUCCUCACAAUGUGACCGCUGCCACCUAGUUGUGUUUUUAUUGCAUUUGCAACACAUUGCUAAUCAACGCGUUCCCAUCUGUCAUUUUCUGAGGGAAAUGAGUGUGGGAAUAAUAAUCAACAAUCCAUUGGUUUAAGCCCUUCGAGGUCUCUGAAACAAGGAGGUGCUUAUCCUUGACUACUAAUCUCCUGUUAAAAUUGGCAGCUUAUAUUUCAUCAUUUCCGUUCAGUUUUUUUUCCAUCAGGACUAGUAUAUGCAUUUACAGCUUUAUAAAUAAAAAUACUAAGGGAUUUGGUCAAAAACAAGACUAUGAGAAACCGUUUUGCAGUUGAGGUCAAAAGUUUACACCCCCCUUUCAGGAUCUGAGGGAUCACACAAAAUGGAUGAUAUUGUUUUAGUACUGACUGAAUAAGAGAGUUCACAAUAUAUAGUCCACAAGGGGAAAUGAUGGCUGAAUAUAUAAAAAUGACCUUGUUCAGACGUUUACAUCACCCUCAAAUCUUAAUGCUGUUCUUAUCUGAAUGAUUUUUUUUUUGAUAGUGCCUUGUUUGUCCUAAACAGUUUGAAAGCGUUCAAAUACACAAAAAGCAGCAGGCACUGUUCAGGACAGACAAGGCACACAUGAACAACUAUCAAUAACUAUCAUUUUUGUCUUGUGGACCGUAUGUAAACAUCUUUUAUGUGAAGUCGGGUCUAUCUUAUACAGGUAAGUGCUAAAUAAAUGAUAACAUGCAUUUUUUUUUUUUAUGAUCUCUCUUAAAAUGGUAAAAUAAUUCACAUUUAGCAGAAUCUGCAAGGGGGAUGUAAACUUUUGACCCCGACUAGGUUUUUAUUUUUUAUUUUUUUUAAAUCCUAAAGGUACAGUUUAGUGUUUAAUCACUAUUUUUUUACAGUGUAAAAAUGUAUUCACCCUUGUUGUUGUUCCAAACCUGUGUGACUUUCUUCUUCAGAAUGCAAAAAGAUAAAAAUCCAUAAAUUGAAAGUAAACGGAACCCAGCAUUGUUCUCAGCUAAACGAUUCAAUGCUUCAAUGCCCAGCGUCGUUGUUUGGACGAAAACUGUUAUAACAUCUUUUGUUUUCACUGAAGAAAUUAAGCCAUGAAGGCUUGAAAUGAAAUGAGGGUGAAUUACAGAAAGAAACUCCCUUAAGUUAUUUAAUUUAUAUAGCCAAGACAACAUUUUGAGACCUCGAACACGGGAUAGAAGAGCGACUGGGUUGUGUUUGAGAAGAUUGGGAGAAAAACCACUUUUAUUUUGUUAGAUGUGAAAUUGCUUUUAUUCAUCACAAAUGUUUGGAUUAUAUUUCCUUAUACGAAACAGAGCUGUGAUAUGUAAUACAUGUUUGCCGUGAAUCCACGCUUCUUUUUUGCUAACGUAAUAUUUGAGGAAAGUGAAGUGUUUGGUGAGACCCACUUUCUGCUUUUCUGAUCUGACAUUUAUUGGGUGUUAUAUGCAGCUAAUGAAGUCAUAUUCUGGCCGGAUUAGAUAUAGUUUUAGUUUUAUCAUUCCAUUGUGCAAUAUACUGCCAAAACUUUAUUCUCAUUUUUUUGAGAAUGAAACCAAGGUAACGUUUUUUUUUGUUUAAUAUAGUAUGUUGUGUAUUUUUUUUUUUUUUUUUUUUUUUUUCAUUGAAAACUUUUA